AUGGGACGACGAAGUACCCAAGGAUCUCCAAGAAUUGUGGCAGGAAUUUCGUCCUCAAAUCAACGAACUGGCAAGGUCGAUCGUUUCAUCUUUCUACCAAAUGCAGUAUCGGUGCAGUUGCACUGCUUCGCAGACGCCUCCAAGGUAGCAUAUGGCUGUUGCAUCUACGCACGCUCGGUAGAUGAACAUGGUACGGUGAAGGUUCAACUGGUUUCGGCGAAAUCCCGGGUCGCUCCCUUGAAACGACUCAGCAUCCCCCGACUGGAACUGUGCGCCGCACAACUUGCCGCUCGUUUGUACACCAAGGUCACUCAAGCACUGGAAUUGGAAUUUGACGCCGUACUUUUUUGGUCGGACUCAACCGUAGUCCUAGAUUGGUUACGGGCCCCAUCAUACCACUGGAAAACCUUUGUGGCCAAUAGAGUAAGCGAAAUCCAAACUACAACCCACGAUGCCCCAUGGGAACACGUCCCAGGAACCCAAAACCCGGCGGACCUGGUCUCAAGAGGAAUGCACGUCAGCGACUUCCUGGAAAGCAGUCUAUGGCAUCACGGUCCGGAAUGGUUAGGUACAUCGGAGGAGAAUUGGCCACAACAGAAGGAAUUGGAACCUGCACCGGAGGAUCAAAUGGAGAGGGAAACGGUGGCGGCUGUGGCAGCCUGCACGGUCAAAAUCAACCCUAUUUUCUCUCGCUACUCGCAUUUCACCAAACUCAUCCGAGUGACCGCUUGGAUAUCCCGAUUCCGACGCAAUUGCCAAUCGCGUCAUCUUGGUCAACACCUGCAUUUGGACACAACCCUGUCUGUGGAAGAAUUGGAAGGCGCAAAACACCAACUCGUCCGACUCGUUCAAUCCGAAACCUAUCAACAGAAAAUUAAGGACCUCUCCACUGGCAAACUCGUUUCUCCCAAGUCAACCAUCCGCAACCUGCUCCCGUUCUGUGAUGAGAUAGGCAUACUUCGAGUUGGAGGCCGUCUACGACACUCCAACGAACCGUACGAGACGAAACACCCAAUCCUUCUACCAGGAAACCAUCCGUUCACCAAACUGCUGGCUCGACACUAUCACCAUAAGCUCCUACACGGUGGACCACGACUAAUGCUGGCUGUAAUCCGGGAAAAUUACUGGCCGGUCAAUGGAAAACGUCUGCUGCGAGGAAUCACCAGAAGCUGCUACGAAUGCACACGAACGAAUCCGGUUCCAGUACGACAACCUAUGGGUCAACUUCCAGCCUCACGGGUAUAA